CCAGAAGGAAGCUGCUGGAGAAAGCCAGACAGGCUGGUUUGGGUGGAUUCAAGGAAACAAUUGGAACCAAGCCUACUGUCAGGGGGAUGUGGAAACUGGGAGAAGGUGUGAAGGAGGAGGAUGACAUCUCGCGGGAAGUCCGUCCCAUGGAAAGCACAGCCCGUAAAGAUGUGCAGGGUGUGUCAGCAUUAGCGAUGGACAGAGGGGAUUGGGGGGUGGAAGAUGAGGAAGAAGAGGAUGAGGAUGAGGAGGAAGAGGAGGAUGGUGAUGAUUCACAUGAUCACCAAAGUUCUCAGGAGGCGGCUAUGGUUGACAAGCAGACUGGUYCGUCACUAACCAGUGAUUCAAAAAGCAAUAAUAGUUCACGUGAAAACCUAAAAUUAUCCUCUCUGGUCCGACAAGAGCAGGAGGGAGAUCCCGAUGGUGAGCUUGAGGGAAACCCCCCAGGAGAAUCCUAUCCUUGUCACCACUGCGAACGCCACUUCUCCAGCAGACAGGGUCUGGAGCGUCACGUGCACAUCCACGGCGUYAGCGGCCAGCAAGCACAGCUCUUUAAGUGCCGAUACUGCAAUAAAUCUUUUGGCUCACAAGUGGGACGACGGCGGCACGAGAGAAGGCACGAAACCGCGUUGAAAAAAAGGCCCAACUCCCUGGCUGGCUCCGUCAGUCUGCUCAGCCCUAUGUUGCAAACAGACUCGAGUCCCGACUGCACCAGCCCAACGAGUCACUACGCUUCCAUUGGGUCCCAGUUCACUCAGAGCUCUGAGACGCAGAGAAAGGAGCUGGAUCGUCCUUCGGCGUUGGAUGAAAACGGCGAGUCGAAGGAACUCCAUCCUUGCAAGUACUGUAACAAAGCAUUCGGCACGCACACCAACAUGCGCCGGCACCAACGCAGAAUACAUGAGAGGCACUUGUUACCUAAGGGGGUUCGUAGGAAAGGCAUGCUGUUACAAGAGGCACCGGCGCAGCAGCUUGGCGAGUCCCCCAGCACCAGCCCUCCGCCCGUCUACGUGCCCAGCGCAGACACGGAGGACGAAGUCGACAGGGACGAUUACACCGUUGACAUAUCCAAGAACAUCUCCGAAAACCUCAGCUUCUACAUUGACGGCAAGAUCGUGUCAACGAGUGCGGUGAGCAGCUGCGAGGUGAUAGAAGUGGACACGAGGUCAGCAGCUUUGUUUGGUCUGGACACGGUUAUCAUCGGCCCAAAUCAGAUCAGUCAAGCACUGAAGGCGGAGGGGAGGACGAGUGCUGCGAGGCAAACCUCCGCAAGUGAGCUGCCGGCAGCAAAAAGGAGAACGUCGACGCCCCCACUCGUUACCAGCCUUAAAGUGGAGACGGAUACAGUGCCAUCGCCCUCUUCGUCGACCUCUUCUAACCUGUUAGUGGGGGGGUUGUUUCAGCAAGCCACAGAUUCGUCGACGCUUCAGAGGGAGAAAACGGUUUAUCUCUCGCCUAAGCUCAAACAGCUCCUUCAGACGCAAGACUUUCAAAAAUCAGCAAUAACCCUCGUAGAAAGCCACAGGCUGGCCACCCCGCUGACAAUGUCGUCACUGCAAGGGGCUGCAGGGAAAUUUAAGCGAAGAACAGGCUCUCCUCCUUCUUCUCCACAGCUCAGUCCUGUGUAUAAACCUGAAAGCUGUAAAGCAGAAGUCGCGAGCACACACGCCCUCAAGGUGCCAAAGCUGGAAAGCCACAGUGUGCCACCUCCUGAAAGCCUGCUGGAUAACGACGAUGGGGAAAUCCAGAAUCCCGGGAACGCAGCGCACAGCCAAGCAUCCUCUAGCGGCGGAGGAAGCUCCUGUAAUCAGCAGCCCUUGGAUCUGUCGAACACUGUCAGCAGGAGAAGUGAGGAUUUGACCAAGCCACAGGGAGAUUCGGCUCUGGAUUUGAGCUUGCAUCGAAAGCCUGCAGCCGAAUCAGAAUCUAAGGGAAAUUCAACGCCGCAGUCUCUAAUAAAAAAGAAAAAGCCCAACACCAGCAUGCUUGAAAAGGUUCUGAUGAAUGACUACGCUGGUCUCACACUGGCAGGAGAGGAGGGCCCCUCAAUGUUGGCGAACCUGAGCUAUUUCCAUUCUCCAUCUCCAAAUGUGGCAUCAGACUCCGCCCACCCCUCUCCACCCUCUCUGACCCCCGUCRCUAUAAAUCCCUCUUCUCCAGACGCCUGCCUUGUAACGUCCCCAACACCGCCUCCCCCUGUCCUACCCACCAUCUCGUCUCCACCGACUCUGCCCAGCUCUCCUCUUUCUCAGCCGUCGGACUCGCCGCCGCUGAGACCCCUUCCUGUUCUCUCUCCAAAAAUGUCCCCAAAAUCGCUCGAUAUCAAGCCCCUGUCCGAUUCGAACGAACAUUUCUCUGCCGAGGAAAUCAAAGACGAAGACGAGAAUCAUAUUUCUGAGCCAGAGGAUUCCACAAACACCCCACCUGAGGGUCCUCCUGAUCAGUCAGAAACACCUAGUCCUCCUGAGCCUGCAGUAGAUCAUCCUUCAGAAGAAUUUUCUCUGCCUGCAGCUUGCAACAGUCCGUUAAACGGCAGCUUAAAGCAAGACACUGUUGCAGAAACGGAGACGUCUUUAAAAACAGACUUYGCUGCUCUCCCAUCCCAACCAGAAAUCCCAUCAUCUUCAAGCUCUCCUCCUCCUCCAGCAUCACUUGAGUCCUCGUCAUCACUCGUUUCACAGCCUCCCCCUCAGAUUACAGUUAAAGAGGAGCCUCAGCACCGUGAAGAGGAGUUGCCGCUUGUAAACCACACACCCCAGGACGCCGUCGACUCUUCUCCUCCGCCCCCCGCUCCCGAAAACCCGCCCGUGAAAACCUCCGAGAGUGAAGAGUUCGACUCGAUGUACUGUAAGACGUUUGUGUGCAACGUGUGCGAGAAGCCGUUCGACUCCAUCAAGGAGCUCAGCGGUCACAUCGCGGAGCACGCCGCGGGCUGGCCCUUUAAGUGCGAAUUUUGCGUUCAGCUGUUCAGCGACGAGGCAGUUGUGCUGGCCCACCGGACGACACUCCAUGGGGUGGGUCGGAUCUUUGUGUGCUCCGUCUGUUCCAAAGAGUUYGCCUUCCUGUGCAACCUCCAGCAGCACCAAAAAGAUCUGCAUCCGAACGAGACGUGCGCACACACGACCGUAGAGAGCGGCAAACUUAGGCCGCAGAAUUACACCGAUCCAUCCAGGGCCAAAGAGGACGUCGGUCCCGUGUCGUCAACCCCAGAAAAAACAGAUGAAAGCGCUUCACACGGUGACUCCGAGAAAGCAGAAGAGGAGACCGAUGUGAAUGGGAGUCAUGCGGAGGACCCCAACGAGGAGCUGUACACUACGAUUAAGAUCAUGGCUUCAGAGGGAGGGAAGCCCAAAGGCCCCGACGUCCGCCUCGGCAUCAAUCAACACUACCCCAGUUUUAAACCGCCCCCUUUUCCUUAUCACAGUCGUUCUCAUACAGGCUCUGUUGCCUCUGCUACCAAUUUCACUACCCAUAACAUCCCGCAGACUUUCAGCACCGCCAUCCGCUGCACCAAAUGUGGCAACAGCUUCGAUAACAUGCCCGAACUGCACAAGCACAUACUGGCCUGCGCCAAUGCCAGUGACAAAAAGCGUUACACUCCCAAGAAAAACCCCAUACCCCUCAAACAAAUAUUGAAGAGUCCAAACGGAGUUGCUUCACCCGCGGCGGCUCCUCUGGGCCAGGGCGGUUUUCGGAGGAUGGUCCAGCCAAAGAGACUCAACUUCGGUCAAGAGACCGGCAAAACGAAAAUGAGCGCCCUCAGUAAGAAGAGGAACCAGCUGGUCCAAAAAGCAAUUUCACAGAAAAAUAAAGCUGUCACUACUGCAAAGAAAGCUGCUGUCAAAGUGGAGGGAGAGCCAGCCUCUAACGUCUGUCCCCACUGCAAUCGGGAGUUUACAUACACAGCGAGUCUGACWAAGCAUAUGGCCAUCAGCUGCCCAAUGAAACCCGUUGUAGCGAAAAAGGGCAAAAAAGGUCUAGCAGAGACGAAAAAGGCGUCCGUUUCUGCGGUAGAUAAGAACACAAGCAGGAAGAAAGCCCCAGACGAGGAAGUAAAAACGGAGCCAGAGGCUAAACCUCUGAAAAAGACGAGAGGUCGUAGUUCCGGUGCAGCCGACCACGAACCCUCGCAGGCCGGCAAAGGAAAGACCUCCGCUGUGGCGGGUCGGCUAAAAAGGCCCGCCUCGUUCCCAGCACCAGAUCCUGCGAGCAAAAAACCCAAGAAGGGCCAAGUUCAGUCUCUACCUCCCACCCCGUCGACCCCGGACACUCCCGGUGACACAGCACAACGGCCAGCCAUGAGAAUGCAGCGCAUGGGAAAAAAGCCAGCGGCCAAGAAACCAGCAGAGGUCCGACCGCCGCAGUUGAAGAAAGAGGCGCGGUUGUCCCCCAGAAAGAGGGGGAGAGUKGGUGGUCCGGUCACCAGGAGCUUACAGAUGGCUAACAGUGCUCCUUCUGCUGAGGUGAAGACUGAGGAGCAACCAGCACAGGAGCCAAAAGACUCUCAGGACUUACUAAUGAAGUGAGCCAUGGCGAUGGCCUCGUCUUCCUCCUGGGAAUAUAAUGUUCACCUAUGGGACAACUUUCUGAACUCACUGAGGCACUGAGGACGAUCUUCUCCGGUGGUUUUAUUCACCUAAAAACAAAUUUGCCUAUCUCAGCUGCCUUUCCUGGGUUUAAGGACAGAACUCUGUUUUAUUUUUAUUUUUUGUAAUUUUUUUUUCAUCACGUUUAUGGACUUAAACUGAGCCUUGAAUUCUGCCAGCCUUGCAAAAACAUAAAAAAGAAACAGAAACUGUAGAUGACAGUGUAUAUGUAUAUACAUAUGUCAAUGCUUGACCCAAAACAGUACGUUUAGGGCUCUAGUAUUUUUUGAAAAAGCUGACAUAUUACAAAUGGCAAUCAUGUAUCAGUUAGGGUGAGUUAAGAUGAUUAUUUGUUUUCAUUUGUUUGUUCCGUUAUUUCCCCGACUGGGUUGUUUAGAUUUAUGAUUCUCCUAAUGCAUGUGCUGAGUAGAGGAAAAAACUAGAUGAAGCCAGUUCCCAUGUGUCUCCCUGUGGGCAGUACUACAGUUUAAUCUUGAUUUACAAAGUAUAGAUGAUUUCAACUCAAUUUUAUGUACUCACUGUCUUGUAGGAUAAAUCUUUUGGCUGUUUUUGUUUGGGGAAACAAACAAAAAAAAAAUCAAAACAGCAGUUGUUUACUGCAACAAUUGGUCCUCAGGAACACUGUAUUGUGUAUGUGUGUGUGGGGGUGUGUGUGUGUGUGUGUGGUUCUGGUUGAAGGUGCAGCCAGACAGCUCCUUAAUCUGAAUCAUGUUCAUUAUUAUUUUUUUAUUUGAUUUCUGUUUUUGUUUAUCAGGUGUUUGUAGCUGGUGAUCCCAGCUGUAAAAAUGAUUGGGAUUAUUUCCUAAUCUCCUUAAAAAAUCUUCUGAGAAUAUGGUCAUUCAAACAGCCCGGUGUUCCUAUAGCACUUUAAAAAAAACAACAAAAACAAACAAGAACAAGCUGCCAAAACUUUAAGCUGGAUCAGUGAAGUCUGUGUAAUCAAACCGUGUGUGAUGGCAUGUGUUCUGAUCUACGGUCAGCAAAUAGUCGUUUGCUCAACUUUUUCAGUUUAUAUGUUCACGGAUUUCUAAUCUGGUUGUCUUCUUUCGGUGAUUUCAAACUCAUGACACGUUUUAUUUUUUUUUUAUGCCAUAAUAUAAAACGUUUGAAAUAAAAUGUAUGCAAAUGUUUGCAAAGUUGUUUUAUUUAGAUUCAAAAGCCACACUAAAUGAAUCUCCACGCUCCGAGGAGAAAGUUGUCUUUGUUUGAGUUUAUUUUUGGUAAAGUUGAAUGAUGAAAAUCUCCUGCCAAUGAAAAGUGUAUUAUUAUUAUUUCCAGCGCUUAUUUUCUUUUUUUUUCCUCCUACAUUUUACCACAGGAGGAGAUAAAAACACAGGUGGGGCUUGUAGCUUGUAGCAUGUUAUUGGAACGUAAUGAGAUUUAAAAUUAAUUUAUAUUACCAUGAGAAAGUUUAUUCUUUGCCUUUCAACAUCAAGAUUAUGUAAUUUAGGAUGAACAAAGACAAAAUCCCAAAUGACCUCAAGUAAAUACUUUUUAUUUUGCUGUARUUGACGUUAUAAAUAAAGUUUUUCAGUUUGUGUAAA